AUAGUGAUGUCUAUGAGAAGAGGAGGAUAAUGAUGUAUAGGUGGGGAGGAGGGUAAUGAUAUCUAGGAGAGGAGGAAGAGAAUGUCUAGGUGAGGAGGAGGAGAGGAGGAAGAUAAUGAUAUGUGAGGAGGAGGAUUAUGGUGUCUAGGUGAGGAGGAUAAUAUCUAGGCCAGCAAGCAGUAUAUGGAAAAUAUGAGGUCUUAGUGCAUAAAGUAGUUAAUCCUGUAGUAGUUCAUUUCUGAGGAAGCUCUAAGCCAUUCUCUGUUGCUCGCUCUCUUUCUCUCCAUCUCUCUCGUGUGGCCAAUGGCCAUCAGUGCGUAAAGAAGGUCACUUGUGUUUAGUAACACUUCAGAGUGACGCCUGUGAGUGAAAUGUUCCUCUCUGGACAUACACGCAGGCACAGAGGCUGGUAUCCUAAAUGUUAAUGUUACCACAUGGACACCUCUGUGCCCCCCUCUCACCCUAACCCCAGGCCCUUUCUGUCCCCUCAAACUCGGCACCUGCGACUUUAUUGGUCAAAUGCCAGCGGAUAAAAUAAUGGGCAUUUUUCUGCAGAGAAACUCUGCCGUCUGUGUGUGUGUGAGCGUGUUUAGAAGAGUUUAGGAGUGUGUGACCUUAUGGUCUGGAACUCCUCAGAAUUUGAGCACCGUGUUUCUGUGUGCUAUUGUGAUGUUAGUCCCUGUUCUGCUGUGUCUGUCAGAGCAGAGGGCCAACACUAGAGGGCGAUGGAGGGCCAGACACAUCUCUAUCAGGACAGUGACCCUAGAAGAGACUAGCCCUGUCUGAGGAACACACUGCACACACAGACUAAUAAUACAAGUCAUUUACAGAAGUGAUGUUGUUUUAUUGAACAAUCGUGUAGUGUGGGCUAAUAGACAGUAGAGUGUGCUAACAAAGUGUGUUUUGCAGCCUGGGAUCUGGUGCCAGAACUAUGUUCUGCAUUCCAACCCCAAUAUAAAGUAAUAACACAGUGAAACAACAUUUCCUUGAGUCUCUGUGCCAUUCGGCAUCUCUCAUUGGAAUCCAAUCAGGACAGCUUGUAGUUUAUCAUGUGAGGGUCCCUCUCUUUUCCACAAAAUAGGACAUGAGAGAGACCACCUGACCGAAGGGGGAGAGGGAGAGGGGGGCAGGAAUGUGACUUACCCUGUGUGAUGGGAUUGUUUGCAGAGAAAUGGGUUGACCUUGUCCAUUGCUACCACACAGACAUACACACAGUCACACACACACUCAUUCCCUUUGGUCUGGCUGUAGGUGUGUGGGACAAAGCUGUGGAGUGCUGGAACACUUGGAACCACUUCCUCCAUACAGUCCUAGCGGUUAGGAGCGUUGGACCAGUUACUGGCGUAACCGAAAGGUCGCUGGUUCGAAUCCCAGAGCCGACUACUUGAAAAAUCAGCUGAUGUGCCCUUGAGCAAGCCACUUAACCCCAAUUGCUCCUUUAAGUCGUUCUGGAUAAGAGUGUCUGCAAAAUGACUAAAACUUUUUUUUUUAAUGACUUGAUAGAGGAAAUGUAGAAGUAAGGAUGGGACAGUGUAGUCCAACCAUGGCCACAAAAAGUGGGGUCAGUUAUGUGAGCAGUGACGUGUGUGGUGCACGCAGCGACGGAAAUCAAUGUCAACUCCACAAGAGCCACAAUCUCAAUGCCACUACACGACAGCACAUGCUCUAGGCAUAUGUGCAUGCCCCGAAGCACAUACGCAUGGAUAUGAGACCAUUGAGGACUGUUGACACACUAGACCUCCGCUACUGACCGAAUAGACAGUAAAUGUCCCAGCGCGGAACUGCCAUCUGAACACGUGUGUCCCUUGGUGUCAGGUACUGUAGAGUGUGUGAUGGCUAACGACGGGGACCCGUUCGCCAUCCCAGAGCGCAUGGACACAGACACCGAAUCACCGAAAGAGAACAAACCCGAGAAUCACACUAGCUCCAGCUCUCCACCGUCACCGGAGACCUCGUGCACACAGCAGGGGAUGGAGGGAAUAAAAGUCUACCUGCACGAGCGCGAGCUGUGGGAGAAGUUCCAUGAGGUCGGAACAGAGAUGAUUAUCACUAAAGCGGGAAGGCGGAUGUUCCCCUGCUACAAGGUGAAGGUUACGGGCCUCAACCCUAAAGCCAAGUACAUCCUCCUUAUGGAUAUCGUGCCAGCGGAUGACCACCGCUACAAGUUUGCAGAUAAUAAAUGGUCUGUGACGGGGAAGGCGGAGCCGGCCAUGCCAGGGAGGUUGUACGUCCAUCCUGACUCUCCGGCCACCGGAAGCCACUGGACACGUCAGCUUGUCUCCUUCCAGAAACUCAAACUCACCAACAACCAUCUGGACCCCUUCGGACACAUCAUAUUAAACUCCAUGCAUAAAUACCAGCCCCGCCUCCAUAUCGUCAAAGCAGACGAAUACAACAGGUUUGGUUCCAAGAACACUGCCUUCUGCACGCACGUGUUCUCAGAGACCGCCUUCAUCGCCGUGACAUCAUACCAGAACCACAAGAUCACCCAGCUGAAGAUAGAGAACAACCCGUUCGCUAAGGGCUUCAGAGGCAGUGAUGACAUGGAGCUGCACCGCAUGGCUAAGAUACAGGGUAAGGAGUAUCCGGUGGUUCCUCGUAGCUCAGUGCGUCAGAGGGUGUGUCCUAGUGGUAGUCCGUUUGGGGGGGAGGCGAGGGGGUUGGGUUUGCACCCCUAUUCCUGUGAGAAUGGGGUGAGCAGCACCACCCAGGACCUCCUCAUCCCCCCUCCAGCCCCCUACACCCUCCCCCAACCAGACACACACGAACACAUGCAGGUGUACCACUGCAACAAGAGAAAAGCGGAUGAUAGCUGUCCUACAGCAGAGAAUCACCAGUACAGGAAGCCCUACAUCGUCAGUUCUCCCAGCAACGACGAGUCUUACUAUCAGCCGUCUGCUUACCCUCAUCCCCCUCUCCCUCCCUCCGUCCACCCCCCUCCCCCUGGUCUCUCUGACUCCCCAUACAGGUCAGAGGCGGGGCAGCGGCAGGCGUGUAUGUUUGCUGGCUCAGAGCCCAGACUGGACAACCUCAGCUGUACAUCCUGGUCCUACAGCUGCCCAUUGACUCCACCCAUGGCCCCCAUGACCCCUACUGACCCCUACACAACCUUCCCCCACCAGCCCUACUCCUCCAGUCCCCGGAACGCUCAGCUGAGCUCCAUGGCCCACCAAGGCUCUCAUCCUCUGGGGGACUCUCUCUCACACGGCCAGACCCAGAGCUCCAGACCACACCACACACCCCAACACCCCAGCCCACCCCUCACAGAGUACCACCGCUACCCCUCCUCCCCAUCUCCUCCUCAGUACCACACCCUUCACACACAUGUCAGGGGAGGGGUCUCCGAAUGGAGCGAGGCCACCUGAUUGGACCACAGGUGUAGGGGAAAGACUCUGAUUGGUGGCUUGGGCUUAUGUUUAUGUGAGGUGUUCUCAUUUUAUGUGUGAAGAGAUUUAAUUGGCCAGUUGUGUGUUUCCCUGUGCCAUGGGUGGAACGUUAGAUUGUCUGUGUGUUACGUUUAAGUCCAUCCUCCUCUGACUGAGACCUCUCUGGAAGGAACUGAUGUUAGAGGAACUUGGUGGAUAAGCAUUCAAACUAGAGGGACAGGAAGAAAGAUGAUGCCAUCAACUAAAACGUUCCAAGCUUCAUUCCUGAGACUGUUUUUAAUACAGUAUGUGACCUGUCUGUCACCCUGUCACCCUGUCCCCUGAAGAUGUGAGACUGUCUCUCUAUGGCCGUGGUUCCCAGUUGGUUUGUGACCCACCGAAAUCCCUGUGAUCCAACAGACAAAACCAUAUUUCUAAUCUGUGUGUCAGCUCAGCUCAGGGCUGCUGUGAGUUAAUGUCGGCUGAGAGGGGCUGCGGAGGCCACAGGCAGAGCAGAAGAGAAAUAAACUGUUAGUUUACACCAGGCUGCAGGGAGGAAGACCUGCACACACACUGACAAACACAGAGAACUUGUUUAGAGGCUGCCGCAUGGCAGAAGACCUGUACACACUCCCAUUGCAUUUUGGGUAUAUGCACAUCUCAUCAUCAUGCAGCUGUCACUGCUGGCCUCUCCUUUACCCCUGAACUGACCAAACAAAACUCUCUGUUUCUCUGAACUGACCAAUCAACACUUUCCGUUUCUCUAAACUGACCUAUCAAUCAAUACUGUCCUUUACCCCGAACUGACCAAUAAACACUCGAUCAACACUACAUUUCUGUCUCUCUCUGCCCCUCUCUCUCUGUCUGGGUUUCUACCCCCCCCUUUUCAAGCCAGUAGAAGGGAGUCAUAUAGUCACAGAAGGUUGUGUAUAGUCACAUUUUAAAACAUAUUUAGACACCAUAUGAUUAUUGUUCUUGUCUAGAUAUUGUUUUAUUUUCCUUGAGAGUCAGUGGGUGCAUUUGUUGGAACCAGGUGAUGGCCUGGUGUUUUACACUAACACAGGAAGAGUUCGUAUUGGUUCACAGAGGAUCAGUACGUAAGCACUGUAUGUGCAGAGAGAGAGUCGUGUGUGUGUGUGUGUGUGUGUGUGUGUGUGUGUGUGUGUGUGUGUGUGUGUGUGUGUGUGUGUGUGUGUGUGUGUGUAAAAGCAAUACUUUAAAAGAGACGUCCUGUGAUCAUUUGAGAAGUGUUUGUACUUUAUUGUAUUGUUGUUGUUUAUAGUAUUUAUUGGCCUUGAGAUUUUGGCUGGUUUUGUUGUAAGAUGGUGAAAUUACACAGUGUUAGUUGAAUUGUUCAAGUUGUUUGUUUCCCAUUGAAGUUUUUAUUUUUUUGCUUUUCUGCCUCCCAUCUCCUGUCAUUUCCUUUUGAAUACAAUAUUUAUCAUGGUUCUAAUAAAUGGCUUGUUACUUUU